GGCACCGGGCGGGUGGAGUCGCCAGUCGGAGGGCCGUGGAGGCGGAUUUCCUGGGAGGGCUCUCUGGAGCUACCAUGGCGUUUGGGAAGAGUCACCGCGAUCCCUACGCUACCUCCGUGGGUCACCUCGUAGAAAAGGCUACGUUUGCUGGAGUUCAGACUGAAGACUGGGGCCAGUUCAUGCACAUCUGUGACAUAAUUAACACCACGCAGGAUGGGCCAAAAGAUGCAGUAAAAGCUUUGAAGAAAAGGAUUUCCAAAAACUACAACCACAAAGAAAUACAACUUUCCUUGUCACUGAUUGACAUGUGCAUGCAGAACUGUGGUCCGAGUUUCCAGUCUCUGAUUGUGAAGAAGGAGUUCAUUAAAGAUACUCUAGUUAAGCUGCUGAAUCCCAGAUACACCUUGCCGCUGGACAUUCAGAACAGAAUCUUGAAUUUUAUUAAGACUUGGUCACAGGGCUUCCCAGGAGGUGUGGAUGUGAGUGAAGUGAAAGAAGUGUACCUUGACCUGUUGAAGAAAGGGGUUCAAUUCCCACCUUCGGCUGCAGAGGCUGAGACAAGGCAGGAGGCUGCCCAGCUCUCACCAAAACGACCAACACCUGUCCCUACUGCACCUGCUCUUUCUUCUAUAAUUGCUCCCAAGAACCCGACUAUUUCAUUAGUCCCAGAACAGAUCGGGAAACUGCAUAGUGAACUGGACAUGGUGAAAAUGAAUGUGAAAGUGAUGACUGCCAUAUUGAUGGAGAACAUUCCUGGGUCUGAAAACCAUGAAGACAUAGAGCUCCUGCAGAAACUUUACAAGACGGGUCGGGAGAUGCAGGAGAGGAUCAUGGACCUGCUGGUCGUAGUGGAAAAUGAAGAUGUAACUGUUGAGCUAAUUCAAGUGAAUGAGGAUCUGAAUAAUGCCAUCCUUGGAUAUGAGAGGUUUACUCGAAACCAACAAAGGCUUUUGGAACAGAACAGGAACCCGGAGGAAGCCACCAAUACUUCCAAUGAGCCCUCUGCUCCUUCCUGUGAUCUUCUCGACCUUAGUCCCAUCCUGCCAACACCUAUGUCCAAUGGGGACGUACUCAACUCUGUGAAUGCUCAGCUUUCAGGCUUAAGUGUCAGCUCUCCGAGUCCUGUUAUAACAAACAACUUGUAUCCCAGGCUUCAUCCACAGGUGGAUUUGCUAGCAUCAGAAAAUACAGAAACACCCACCCUGGUAAUCAAUCAUGCUGUGUUAUCACACUUUCCUAGGUUUGCCCAAAGGACCAGCCAAAACCUCGCCUCAAGUCACACGUAUGAUAAUUUUCUGGAACACUCCAAUUCAGUGUUACUACAGCCACAGACUGCCACAGCAGCACCAUCGAGCCAGAGGCCACCACUCUUGCCCAGUAAUCAUCCAGUGCUAACAAACAAUGAUCUCCAGCCACCCAAUUACUACGAGGUAAUGGAGUUUGAUCCCUUAGCUCCUGCUACAGAAGCUGUUUAUGAAGAAAUUGAUGCUUACCACCACAAAGGAGCUCAAAGUCAUAGUGACUGCUAAGGUAAAAAAACAAACAAACAAAACAAAACACCAGUUUAUGCAACUUACAUUCCAUAUAAUUAAGUGGAAUUAUCACAUUUUGCAUUAAAUUCUAUAAGCACCAUUUAAGUCUGACACUUAUUUUGGUACAAUACCAAGUUCCUCUGAAUUAUUCAACACUGACCAGUGUUCAUUAAUGACAUAUAAUCUCCAUGAUCAUAUCAACUAGAAAUGAGGCACAGAAAUAUAAAAGUUGGUUUUGGGUAUAUAAGUAUUAAUACUAACAAAACAGAUGAUCAAUAAAAUUUCUUGUCCUUUUAAUACAACUCUUAUGGCUUCAGUGUACAGUCCAUACCUGUUAAUUGUAUGAACAGAACCCAUUAGUGCUCCUGCACUAGUUAUCCUGUUUAUACACUACCCAAUGCCUGGUCUCCAUUGACCUGUUCACUUUUUAUUCCCUUCACAACUCCAACCAUGGAAGAAGUGCAUUCCAACCUUUCUUCUGCUUAAUUGUGUGGCUUUCAAGUCUUUCAGGGAGUGCAGGAAAUGGGCCAAUGUCUUCCCUUUAUUCCAGAUGCAUGAUCAGCUCAUUAGCAGCACAAAGGGCCAACUCUCUAAAGUAGUCCUCACUCAACUAAGGCAUGAAAGACAAGACCUGCCAACAGGGAAAGCCACAGUGGACCACUUCUCUGCUGUGAUGAAGCUUCAACAGAAUAGUUAACAUUUUCCAGCUAAUACUGCUGUUCCUGACAGUGGCUCAACAUUUCAGGAGAAACUGGCUAUAACAAUUACACCUUCAGCAGAAGGAAAACUGCCUGGUACUAGGCCAACUGGUUAAAUUAUAGACUCGUACGCUGCAGAGGCAUUCCUGCCAAUAGAAAUCAUCACAGACCUACAAGGGUACUUGAAGAUCGUCCUACUACAAAACAUUGUGAACAGAUGGGGCAGGAAGUGAGGAAGAAAAUGAGUGCCUUCAUUUAACUGAAUUUGAAUGUAGAAGUCAGUUUGCACUUGUUUAUAAAUGACACUUUGGUUUAAACUUGAUGACUCGUUUAAUUAUAUUUCAAGUGCCUGAGCAGGCCACUGCAUCAGGUGGCCUUUAUAAAGAUAAACAUUCUUGACUUUUACUAUACUUUAAAUUUUGAUUUGAAAUAAAUACUACUGGAAAACAAAACUGUGUAUCAUUCACUUAAAAUUAAAUUACUAUUAAUUUGUGA